CCCACAUCUGCGAUUAACCAACUAUGGCUGACGUUUCUCAGAAACAACUCCUGGCUUCGUUCAAAGGCCUACUCAAAUCUGGCGCGUACUCGGAUCUCACCGUGACCUGCGGUGACGACUCGUACAAGGUUCAUCGGGUGAUAGUCUGCGAGCGGGCGGAUUUCUUCGCACGCGCUAUCAAGUUUGGCGGGCAGAAGGAGGCGGAGAAUCGCACUAUCGAUCUCCCCGAGGACGAUCCUGAUGUGAUCAAGCUCCUGAUCCAGUAUCUCUAUGAAGGCGAAUACGAACCUCUAUUGCCCACGGAUGGCUCAGAAGGCUCGCUUCCUCGUAAGGUUGCGCAGCCCAAGAUCAUACCACCCCCAUCGACAUCAGGAUAUGGGCAGGCUCCGAUGACGUACGACUUUCCCCAUAGUUGUGAAUAUGGUUAUUGUAACUAUCCCCGCCUUUGUCCACAUCACAUAUGCGGCACAAAUUGCAGGUACACAUGCAACAUGUUCACCUGCCAAAUUUGCAGCCCCCCUCAAUUGCCACUCCCUGCUCUCAAUGGCACAUCGUUUCAGCUCGUAACCCACGCCAAGGUGUACGAAAUGGCCGACAAGUACGACGUCGUCGGUCUCAAGGCUCUAGCUGUCGAAAAGCUCAGCCGCGCCUGCGAGCACUUCUGGGACCACGACGACUUUGCCGUAGCAGCAAACUAUGCCUUCUCGACAACCAUGGAAAACGACCGUGGGCUGCGCGACCUAGUUAGCACCACGAUCUCCAAACACAUCGAGCUAGUGGAGAAGCCGGAGAUCAAAGUCCUACUUUCGCAGUUCAACGGCCUAGCUCUUGGGAUUCUGGAGGAAAAGAUCAAAGAACAUGGAUGGGGCAAAAAGAAGUGA